AUGAAGGUUCGUGCUCCAGUCCCCUUGUUCUUUGUCUGGUGGUGGAAACGGAAACGGAAACGGAAACGGGAGCCAACAGCAAACGACAAGACACUCCUCGGCUGGUUUGCUGAGUGGUUUGUGACGCAGGUGCUGCGAGAGAUCGAGCUAGAGGCCACGGGUGAUUGGGGACAGGGCAGCAAGAAGAGAGGGGCCUGGGACGAGGACGCGUCGUCUGCCUUCGACUGGGACGAGGACGACACCGCGGCCACUUCCUCCGGCGGCGAGGAGCACGACGCAGGCCGAGCAUUCUCUUCUUCUAGCGAGGACGUGGGGCGGUUCGCGCUCGGGCACGAUGCAUUCGAGCAGGCUCCUCCCUCAGAUCUGCCCAGCGUCCGGACCACCAGCAUGUCCGCCCUUUAUUCCUGA